UAAAAUGAGAUCACGAUCGGCAGUUGUGGGUUCACCACAGUCGUGAUAGGUUGGGGAUUUGCUCGCGCAUUUGCGAAAAUCACUGAUUUAGCAAUCGCGUCUGUGUGUGAGAAUAUCUAACAAAAGUACCACCCAAAACUCUUCUUAUCAGUUUAACUGUGAAAAUCCCCAUAGGAAUUACAGUGAGAUUUUCUAAAUACUUUGGUGAGUGAUUGGUGUAGGCAAAAAAAAAGCGAGGGAAAAAAUGUAGAAAGGGAAUAGUUUUAGGUGAUUUCUUGCACAAGAAACAGAUUUUGGUUCUAAGGAUAAUCAUCAUGAUAUACGAUUUAUUUCUUUACUUCAUGGAUCUACCUCGGUGGCACUUCUUUGCCUUCUUCUUCAUCGGCUACUUGUGCUACUACUUCUGGGAGGUUGUUAAGCGCCCCAUAUUGGCCGUUUCCGAGGGACCCUUCAAGAAGUUCCUGCUGAAGAAUGUGCCAACGCUGGAGAUGAAGUUCUGGCCGACUUUCUGGUGCGUUGAGAGUCGCGCUCAGACAGUUUUUGCCUCUAUCCUUCGCUCCCAAAUCAUUCCACGUAUCAACUACCGCCGCGAAGUGUUGGCCCUAAAAGAUGGCGGUGAAGUAGCCCUAGAUUGGCUCGAGGAAGGUUGCGAACCCGACGCACCGCUAAUUCUCAUCUUGCCUGGACUCACGGGAGAGUCUCAGGCGGAAUACAUCAAGUGCCUAGUAACUGCGGCCAAUAUGAUAGGAAUAAGGACAGUUGUGUUCAAUAAUCGGGGACUUGGUGGACUCACUCUUAAGACACCUAGACUCUACUGUGCAGCUAAUUGUGAAGAUCUGUCGGAAGUUGUGAACCACGUUAAGAAGCUCAAUCCGAUGGUUAAACUCGGGGCAACAGGAAUAUCCAUGGGUGGACUAAUUCUAGGUAAUUACUUGGCUUUACAUUCUGAUGAAGCUCGCCGUUCGAUCACGGCUGCAAAGAUUAUAUCGGUUCCUUGGGAUGUUCACAAAGGAACUGCCAGUAUUGAGAAGCCCUACUUGAACAGCAUGCUCGGCCGUCACUUGGCUGGAAGUUUGUGUGCGACGGUGAGCAAGUACGAUAUAUUCCAGGAUGGCAAAGUGGACAUGACAAAAGUGCUGCAGAGUAAGACGAUAAAGGAAUUCGAUGCUAAUUUUACCUCCAAGCAAUUUGGAUUCAAAGACGUUGAUAGCUACUAUCAGGCUGCGACGUUGCACAACAAACUCGACAUGAUUAAAGUGCCUUUGCUCUGUCUGUCGGCUGCUGAUGAUCCCUUUCAGCCAUUGGAUGCUAUCCCAAUCAAAGCUGCGGAGAAGUCUUCGCAUGUGGCAAUUGUGGUGACAGCCCGUGGGGGUCAUAUUGGGUUUUUGGAGGGAUGGUGGCCUUCGUCCAAGGAUCAGUACAUGGGAAGGUUGUUUAGUCAAUUCUUUGCAGCAGCUCUCUUUGACACCAACAAGGAUUUCGAAAGGACGUCUCAAACAAUGAUGAUUGGAGUGGAAUGUACAUCGAAAAGUGAUUAAGAGGAUGAGACAGAUCCUCUUCAAAUCUUUCCAUCACUUCUCUUUUUCUUUCAGUGGUGCACAAGUGAGUAAAAUAGUAAUGGCUCUAAGAGCCUUGGCUUUUUUCCUAUAGAGACAAUUUUUCAGCUGUUUAGUCCCCAUUUAGGGGGGAUUGAGAAAAUGCAAAUCUUGCCCACUAAAGAAUCUUUAGCAUAAAAUAAAGUGAAUGACGAUGGAAAACAGAAUGAAAAAUAACGAGAAAAUUCUAAAAAAAAAACUUUAAACGAUUUGCCUUUCCAAUUUUUACCUCUAGAGUGCAAUAAAUCGCAAAUAUAGAUUGUAUUAAUAAAAACAUAUCACCCAAAUUCAUAAAUAAAUCAUUCCACAUUUCACACUUAAAUCCUACCCGUUGUGCUACGAGUUUUUUUAUGGAAGAUUCUAGAAAACCAGGACUUUCUUAAAGAACAUUUAGAAUAAAUCAAAAAAGAGAGUUACUGAGCUUUUAAGUUUCUCUUAAAAAAAACAAAUAAACAAUAAAAAAAUAAGCAAAAAGACAAAUUGUAGAUAAAAGGAUAAAAUAUGCAAUAAACUGUAGAUAGCAAAAUAAUUUUUCUUUUAGCAAUAGAUCUCGGCAUUGGUUGAGAAAGUGAGCACAAUAAAUGCAAUGUUUUUAACUAGUUGUAAUUACUUAGGAAUUUUUCAAAGAACUUUGAAAUGAUGGUUCUCCGUUUUUUGGGAAUUAACUUUCAAAAACUAAUAAUCUUUAAUUUAUUAAUCUUUAAUCCUGUUAAGUGUUUUUUUGUAGUGGAAACAUAUUGAUAUAAAUAAAUAUGAAUUUACCUUUGA